GGGAGAAAUGGCGCAAACGAUGAAGAUGGAAGCUCCACGUUGGUGGUGGUUUGAUACUCAUAACAGAGGAUCAAAGCGCUCUCCAUGGCUUCAUUCCACUCUUUCCGAACUGGAGCAUAAGACAAAGACGAUGCUGAAAUUGAUCGAGGAAGAUGCAGAUUCCUUUGCGCAACGUGCAGAAAUGUACUACAAGAAGCGGCCGGAGUUAAUCAGCUUGGUUCAAGAUCUCUACCGAGCCCACCGUUCACUCGCCGAGCGGUACGAUCAAGUGAAGACAGGCAUCCUAGGAUCAUCCUCAUCCAUGAAGUCCAACUCAGGCAAGACAAUCAAUGUGAUGGACAUAACCUACGACAGUCACUCUGACAAUGCCGAAUCCGAAGACAGUCCCGAAUCCGAAGUCGAUGACCCUAAACAUGACGGAAUAUAUGAAGUUCCAAGUAUAGUAACCGAAGAUGAUGAAAUAAUGAAGUUGAAGGAAGAAAUAGGGAGACUGAAAGAAGAGAAUAAGAACCAGAAGGCUCAAUUGUUGCAGAAAGAUACGGAGAAGAGACAAGUGAUUAGAGAACUGAGUUUUGCAGUCCAAUUGCUCAAGGAUGAUAACAUUGAGCUCGAGAAGAGUAUUUCUAAACAAUCAUCCACCCCAAGCAGGAAACGGAGUCCCCUAGAAUUUAGCAGAUUAAAGGGUGGAUUUUUGGGGAUGUUGUUCAAUGGAUCUCCCAUGUCUCGUGCUACUGCAAUUGCUCUCUAGUUUUAGUUUCGUACAGUAAACCAAAUACCAUAUACUGAUAUACAUAGUAUUAUACCUCCUA